GGUGGGCAUGGGUGAUCCCAUGCUGAGCAAGCCCUCUGCCUCCAUCUCCCUGGGAUAGAAGGGAGGAGACAGAGCAGGAUAUGGUUUUUGGGACUGACCAAAGCCAGCAAGAGCCACCCUGGCACAUCAUCGCCUCCGCCCCUGAACAGGACACCCACGUGAAGCCCUGUCCUGAUGCACCCUCCUGGCUCCCCCACGAACCCCUCCUUCUCCUUCCAGCCUCUCUGCCACCAUGGUAGGUCUGAAGCCCCCCGAGGUGCCCCCGACGGCCGCCAUGAAGUUCGUCAGCGCGGGGAUGGCCGGCUGCAUCGCUGACCUGUGCACCUUUCCCCUGGACACCGCCAAAGUGCGGCUGCAGAUCCAGGGCGAGGUGAGGAUCCCCCGGACCAUCAGCUCCGUGGAGUACCGGGGUGUUUUGGGGACACUGAGCACCAUGGUGAGGACGGAGGGAGCCCGCAGCCUGUACAGAGGGCUGGCAGCCGGGCUGCAGCGCCAGAUGAGCUUCGCCUCCAUCCGCAUCGGGCUCUACGACUCUGUGAAGCAGCUCUACACCCCCAAGGGUGCCGAGAACACAGGCACGAGCACGCGGCUCCUGGCUGGCUGCACCACGGGGGCCGUGGCCGUGGCCUUUGCCCAGCCCACCGACGUGGUCAAGGUGAGGUUCCAGGCCUGCGGGGCCCUGGCAGACAGCGCCCGCCGGUACAGCAGCACUGUGGAUGCCUACCGCACCAUUGCCAGGGAGGAGGGGAUCCGCGGGCUCUGGAGAGGGACGAUGCCCAACAUCGCCCGCAACGCCAUCAUCAACUGCGGGGAGCUCGUCACCUACGACCUCCUCAAGGACGCGCUGCUGCGGACACAGCUCAUGACAGACAAUGUCCCGUGCCACUUCGUGGCCGCCUUUGGUGCCGGGUUCUGUGCCACAGUGGUGGCAUCACCGGUGGACGUGGUGAAGACGCGGUACAUGAACGCCAGCCCCGGACAGUACCGCAAUGCCCUGAGCUGCCUCCUGGCCCUGCUCAUGCAGGAUGGCCCCGCCGGCCUCUACAAGGGCUUCGUCCCGUCCUUCCUGCGGCUGGGCUCCUGGAACGUGGUGAUGUUUGUGUCCUACGAGCAGCUGCAGCGCGCCAUGGCGCUGGCACGGCCGGGCCUGGCCUGAGCCCCUCGGUGCCUCUCACCAGCCCAGUGAGAUUCGGCACCAAUCACGUUAAUUUCGUCAAUUAUGUUAAUUGCUGAAGUGCCGGGGAGCAGCGAAGCCACGCGCUCCAGGAGGGACUGGAGAGACAGACGGAGAAGGGAUGCCAUUUGAGGAGAAACAUGGGAGA